GCUCGGUCGCAAUUAAGCUUUUUUCAGCCUUUGGGGCAGCAAGUGUGUUUCCCUGUGCAGAUGGUGUUUAGACUCCAUCCACUGGGCAUGUUCCGGUCUUAGCUCUCGUGGUCCUGGCACUGUAGCAGCAGGUGAUUUAACAAGGAGUGAGAUACAGCCAGAGGUUUUUGUCAGAAAAAACUGUUGUUUUUCUUCUUCUCUUGUCCUUUUCCCAUUUUUGUCUUUACUAUUCUUUAUGAUAAACAAUAGAUUGGAGCUGUGAUAACUCAAGGGAUUAGAAACACGAGUUAGUGAGAUCAGGACAUUUGGGAGUAUGUCCUCCCCAAUGCAGCUUGCUUCUCCAAUUGCUUCUGUAGCUCUCUGAUGUCACAGGGAUUCCAGCUUCCCGUUCAUUCUUUGAUUGGUGUGAGUAAUAAACCUGUAAAAAGACCUGAGGACUGUGUGUGAAGCAAAGAGAAGGUGGUUGUCAUGAGCAAAAUGGACAAAAAAGGCGCAGGCAGCUGGAUGCUAGAGGACAGCCCUGCCACUCAUGCAGUGAAGAACUGUCACCCAAAUUUAAAGAUGUUUCUUGCAGCCUUGUCCUAUGCAUACUUUGCCAAGGCCUUAUCUGGCAGCUACAUGAAAAGCACAAUUACACAACUAGAGAGGCGAUUUGACAUUCCCAGCUAUCUGAUCGGCGUCAUAGAUGGAAGCUUUGAAAUGGGGAAUUUGCUGGUGAUUGCUUUUGUUAGUUAUUUUGGUGCCAAGCUCCAUCGACCCAAGAUCAUAGCAAUUGGAUGCACAUUGAUGUCUUUAGGCACCUUCUUAAUCGCCAUGCCUCAUUUCAUUAUUGGCCGCUAUAAGAUUGAAACAACCAUCAGAGCUUCAGAGAACUCAACCAGCCAGUUCUCUCCAUGUCCUGUAAGUUCUUUGGAUUCAUCCAGGGUCGGCGAUAGACCCUCUCCACUGCUCUCGAAAGGAUGUGAAAAAGAGUCCAGCAUUUCAAUGUGGAUGUAUGUAUUGCUGGGAAAUGUCCUACGUGGAAUUGGAGAGACACCCGUGCAGCCUUUAGGAAUCUCCUAUCUUGAUGAUUAUGCACAGUCAGAAAACGCUGCCUUGUAUAUAGGCUGUGUCCAAACCAUUUCAAUAAUUGGUCCUAUAUUUGGCUUCUUGCUGGGGUCUCUGUGUGCCAAGAUAUAUGUUGAUGUCGGCUAUAUAGACAUGGAGGCCGUCACCAUUACCCCUGAAGAUGCUCGCUGGGUUGGAGCAUGGUGGCUAGGUUACCUCAUUGCUGGCAUUGUCACCCUCCUGUCUGCUGUUCCUUUCUGGUUCCUGCCCAAAUCUUUACCAAUGCCCGUGGAUAAACAUGACAGCAGCUGUACUCCAGAGCAGACCAGGUUCAUUAAAGAUGCAGAUUCACCAACCCUGGACCACAAGAUCAGACCUGAGGAACCAGCCAGUUUGCAUGUUAUGGCCAAUGAGUUUGUGCCAACAUUGAAGACUCUUCUAGGAAACCAUGUGUACAUCCUCUAUCUGGGUGUAACAAUCAUUCAGUUCAACUCUCUCAUCGGCAUGGUAACCUACAAACCCAAAUACAUUGAGCAGCACUAUGGCCAGUCAGCAUCAAAAGCCAAUUUUCUUAUGGGCAUGAUCAACAUCCCAGCUGUGGCCCUUGGAAUGUUCUCUGGAGGCGUUGUCAUGAAGAAGUACAAACUGGGUGUCAUGGGAGCAGCUAAGUUUGCUUAUGGGACUUCCCUUUUGGGUUUCUUUCUGUCAUUCUUAUUCUUAGCCAUGGGCUGUGAGAACUCCAAGGUGGCUGGCAUCACAGUUUCAUACACUGGAGGGGAAGACUUGUCUUAUCAGGAGCAGUCUUUGUUUUCUGACUGUAACUCCGGUUGCCUGUGCUCCACAAAGGAGUGGGAUCCAGUGUGUGGAGAGAAUGGGAUCACCUACGUAUCUCCUUGUUUAGCUGGAUGCACUUCGUCCACAGGCUCUGGAAGGAACAUGGUUUUUGACCAUUGCAGGUGUGUAGCAGUCCAACCGGGAAACCUAACAGCUAGGUUAGGCCAAUGUUUACCCAGACACAGCUGCGACAGAGUAUUUCCAUACUUCCUGGCCCUGUCUGUCAUCACUUCCUUCAUCAUCUCUCUUGGCGGGACACCUGGCUUCAUGCUGCUUGUCAGGUGCAUUAAGCCUGAGCUGAAAUCCCUAGCUCUUGGAAUCCACACACUGGCCACACGCACUCUGGCAGGCAUACCUGCUCCAAUCUACUUUGGAGCCAUAAUAGACACAACUUGCCUCAAAUGGGCAUACAGCACAUGUGGAGGAAGAGGUGCUUGCAGAAUAUACAACACUUCAUCUUACAGGAUAGUGUACCUGGGCCUCACUCUUGGUCUAAGGGCAGUCUCCUUCCUUCUUUGCAUUUGGGGAUUUGCUCUUCUCAGAAGACAUCUUAAAAGGGAGGAGAAGGAGGCCCUGGGAGACGAAAACAGUGAGCUGGAGUCACUCAGGAAAGACGAGAACAGCUUUGUACCCCGUGAGCCGUUUGUACUGAGCCUUGACUGCAAUCCUGAAAGAGAGACUCGUUUGUAAGCUCCAACACGUCAUUCUUUCUUCUGACUCAGCUCUUCAAGCACAGACAGAGUGCUGAGAUAUAUCUCAGAGAAGACAAGUAUAUAUUUGUUCAUGAUUUGUGGAUAAAUACGUUAUAUAAAACAUUUUAUUAAAAAACUUGCUUUUCAAUUUUGUGUUUAGUCCUUAAUGUAGUUGUACUGCAUUUUCUGUAGAAAUUAUUUUUUAUUUUUAUUUUUAACCUGUUUUUUAAAGUGUCAUGUAUUCAUAUACCAGAGUAGGAAAACUCUAGUUAAGCCCUGGUAAAUUAAUGUUGUGUUUAUGGAUUUUUUUUCAGUUCAUAUGUACACUUGCAUUGUUUCUUUGUUAUACAUUGAGACAAGAAUUUGAAAUGUCUGCCGGCAAAGCUUCAACUUAAAAUUAUACUGAAACAAGUUCUCUCUAAGGGAAAAUAAUAAAUAUGUGUCCUGAAAAUGUUGCUUUUGAGAGUACCUCACUCACAUUGUAAACUGCAAAGACAACAGAUUAAGAUUAACUGAACCGUUGCUUUUGUACAAAUAAUGCAACGAUAAGGAAGCUCUUUGCUGCAAAAUCUACCUCAUCCUUCUGGUUGUGCAGUGUGGUGUGUAACUGCAGGCAGCCACUUAUGUCCCCCAUUUUGUUUUGCAUUUGAACUUCAGCCCACUUAGCUUUUAUUCUUAUUCUCAUUUUGUUUCGAGGUUAGGAUUUUUUUCAACACCUUCUAGCUCAGUUCUAUCAGUUUGAUACAUCAGGGAGAACAGGUAUUGAAUGCAUCAAAAUUUUACUUAGUGCAUACAUUUCUAAAGGCACAUUGGCAUGAAAUCCACACAAGAUGUCACCGAUACCAUUAACGAUCCAGUACAAAAAAAAAUAAUUACCGUAAGUUAUGUGUACUAUGGUGGAGUGGCAUCAUUGAACUGUAUUGAACACACUUACCUAAAUGUACUUAGUACGUAGAUUAGUACGUAGAUUACCUUUUUUGUAAUGAUGGCUUCAAGGUGUCUCCUGUAUUGAGAAAUGAGUCCAGUGCUUUACACAAGUGUGAUUUUGACCCUUUCCUCCCGAACCCUGAGUUAUUUGCAUUGACUUUCAAUGGGAUUCAAGUCUGGAUACUGACUGCACCAAUCUAGCAGCUUUAUUUUCUGUUAUUUCUCUGAAACCAAUUGAGUUUCCUUGGCUAUGUAUUUGGGAACAUCACUGGUUAUGUGUUUGAUCUAAUCUUUAUAUUCUCCUCAAUAAAGUCUCAGUACAUUUCUCAAUGUAUCCCUAUAAUUAUAAGAAGUAUGCCAUCAUCUGCUGAAAUACAACCCUAACCACCUUCCAAUCUUCACUUUGAACAUGGUAUUUUUAGGGUAAUGUACGAACUGGAUGUAUGCCGUGAUGUCAAAGAGUUCAAGUUUGGUCUCAUUUGAGUAGACUAUAUUUCCCUGUUAUUUUAUUGACCAGUCCAAAUGUUCUGCUACUUUGUUUCCCAGCAGGCAAAUGCUCUGCAGUGAACAUUUCCGAAGACGUCAGUGUUGCUUGUUGUAUUAAUAAUUGUUUCAAACUCUCUGGGAGUGUUCACUGGAUCUAAUUUAAUUUAUGGAUUCAAUUGUUAUUGGCUUUUCUGAGUGUACAGAUUAGUUGGGUCGUUACACACAUCUCAUAUGAAUGUCAUAUCAACAGCCAGAACAAAAAUAAAUAGAUUGUAAAUUAUUUUAAAAAUAGCAAAAAGUCACUUCUGUCUGUGACUAUUGGGGAGAUAUUAUGUUACAUCUCAGGAGUCUUUCCGCAAUGUAUGCAUUCCUUGUAAAGUCAAGAUAUCUGCUCUGAAGUCUCUUGGUUUUUUCUUGUAUUAAUGAAAGUUGUGCCAUAUUAUACAUAUUUUAGUGAUACAUCUUGAAUUUGUGGACCUGAGGUGUUGUUAAAAAUCAUCAAUAAAGUCUCAAAACAGUUUCCUGACCAUUUCUAGGUUCUAAAAUGUUCUUGCUUAUUUAUUGAAUUGUUAUUACAAUGGUCGUUAUGUCAUCACAAUAAAAUGCAAAAUGUGCUUUCAUUCAACAAAUUGUCUGCAAGUGGAUUAAUCUUUUAUAUUUAUAUAAAAAA